AUGGAACUUAAGUCAAAUUUAGGUUCUUCUAAAUGUUCUUUAGAUUCAGAUAGAUCGAUUUUAGAGAAAUUAGAGAUUGAAAUGAAAGGAGUGUUUUUCAGGGUUAUUCAAUUAAUGUUAAAAGAUGAGGAAUAAUCAAUAAUUUUAACAUGUAUAGGAAUAGUGAUACAGUAUAUUCAAAUAACAUAUAUAAUCUUUAAUCGUCAGCUAUGGAAGGUUUGGCAAAAUGAAGUCUUAACAAAAUAACUGAACAAAAUCUUUGGGUAUAAAUGAAUCAUUUUAAUUUAAUAGGUAUGUUCUGUUAACCCCUUAUUUUGAAAUGGUUAAUUUUGAAGGAUUUGUGGCUAUGAUGUAUGUUAGUUUAGGAAUGGUAUUAUUUGUCCUAAUGUUAAUAUUUUUACUUAGUUACAGUAUCAGUAAAUCAAAUUCUUCAUUUAGUUGGCCAAUCAUGUUACUUAGAUUUUUAAUGUCCUUAUUUUUAUAAGUACUAUAUAUGCCUAUAAUUGAUUUACUCUUUUCCAUGUUAUCAUGUACUGAUAAUCAAAAUGGUCUAUUAAAGCAUUCACUAUUUGAUAUAGAAUGUUGGGUUAAUAUUCAUAUUGUUCACUCUAUAGUGGCUAUUUUUGGAAUUAUUAUUUUCUUUGUUCUUUGUUUACUCUUUGCUUUAUUAUACUUUGAACCAAGAUAUAAACCUCAUCAAGCUUCUUCUAAAUAAAAUGGAAUGGCUAAUGCAACUUUCCUUAUUUAUUAAUUUAUUAUGGUCAUUUGUUAUACUUUCAUGAAUGAUAGAAAUUAUGAUUAUUUUAUGAUUCUUAUUAUGCUCAUUGGUAGUUUCAUUAUAUUUUGGAAAAUACAUAUUCAACAACCAUUUAAUAAUUUAUACAUUUAAAAAUCAUGGUCUAUUCUUGUUGCAUUAAAUUUAUGGGGAGUUUUUCUAAUUUGUUUUGCCAAAUUUCUUGAAGGAAUAUUAUUUCAAGGUACUAUUUAUGCUUGGAUAGCUGGUAUUCCACUAAUGAUUAUUGCUAUUAUCAAAAGUGAUAAAUUACAUUAUGAUUUAAUCUUAUUAAAUCUCAAUAAAGUUUAAAAUCCUAAUUAAAUUAUUUAAUUAACUAAUUAUCUCCUUAAACUUCUUUAUAAUAGUUCACUUUAUUCUCAUUCAUCAUUACUUAUUGAUGGUUUCUUAGAAAUGCAUAAAAUUACCUGUACAAGAGAAGAUUGUUAUCUUAAACAAAAAAAACUUAUCAACUAAAGAUAACAAAAACAUAUCCUUAAGGAAAGUACUAUUACUGAAAGAGAUUCUGAUCUUCUCAUGAUCAUGGCAUAGAUUUACUUUAAUAAUAUUAAGAAAUUUCCCAACGAAAUUACUCUUAGAAUUCGUUAUGCUUUUUUUUUAUUAGAUAAUAUGAAACAAAGAUAACAAGCUAUUAAUGAAUUUAUUUAAGCUGAAACACUCAGUCCAUCACUUGAUAAUGAUUUCAUUAUCUUUAGAUACAAGAAAAUUAUUGAAGAAGAAAUCAAUACAGUAUAAAAUGAAUCAUUUGGUAAUUUAGAUAUUGCAAGUGAAUUAGCAUUUUAAAAUAAUAUGAAAUAAUUUUAAAAUAAUAUAGAAAGAGCUACUUUAAUGCAUAUGGAUUUUUGGUCAUAAUUAUAAGAAGAAUCACCUGAUUUAGGUAAAAUGAAUGAAAUUGGAUCAAAAAUUAAUUUAGCUAUUCUUUAAGUUGAAGAUUUAUGGAAUAAAAUGUCAAAAUUAACUUAAAAUCUACCUAAAGCUAUGAGAUUAUAUGCUAAAUUUAUUAUUGAAGUACUUUAAGAUAAAGAUUUUGGAGAAGAAUUAUUAUCAAAAUCAAAAGCACUUUAAAAUCAAAAUAAUAAAAUGAAACAUAUAUAGGCAAUUUAAUUAAUUAGUAUUGAUGAUAUUGGAUAUGAAUCUUAGCCUAUAUUGUUAGUUUCAGCUGCUUUUGAGAAAUUUGCAUAAAUAACAAAUUUAAAUUUGGCUGCAUGUAAUUUAUUUGGAUACAAUAAAUCUGAAAUGAUUAAUAGAAAAAUCAAUAUUUUUAUGCCAAACUUAUAUUCUAAAUUUCAUGAUGCUUAUGUUGAAAAUUUUCUUCAAUCUAACGAUAAUAAAUAUAUUAACAAGGAUAGAUUGAUAUAUAUUAAAAUGAAAUCAAAUUACAUCAUGCCUUGUUAUAUUUAUUUAAAAAUAAUUUAAUCGUUAGAUGAAAAUGUUUAAUUAGCUGCUUAGUUUAGAGUACUCAAAAGUUUUAAACCAACUUGUUAUUUAAUUUUAGAUAAUGAAGAAAUAAUUGAUUCAAUUUCAUCAACUUGUAUUCCUUUGUUAAAUCUUCAUAUUAAAUAGAUUUCAAAUAAAAAAACCUCAAUUACUGAAAUCUUUCCAAAUUAUUCUUAAUAGAAGUAGAUUUUUCUAUAAAAAACAGGAGGUCAAAUAUUAUUUAAUAUAGAUUCUUGUUCUGUAAUAAGUAAUAGUUAAUUGGCUUCUUAAGAAUUUGAUGAAGAUGAGAAAAAAUGUGAAUUUAUAAAAUUUUAAUGUUUUAUAAAUGAAGUGUUUAAUGAACUUGGAGAUUAAGUUGUAGGAUAUAUAGUAAAGUUAGAAUAAUAAAUAUAGGAUAUGAGUAUGAAAUUAGAUAUGAAUCAUUAGAAGGUUCUUAUAAAUAAUAUGUAAUUUAAAUUUAACCCAUAAAAAUGUUUAUAUUAAGGUGAUUAUGUUUGUGAGACUAAUUCUUAAAGAGUAGAUUAAACUAUUCUUUGGGAUCAAAAUGAUUAGUCUUCUAUGAUUUCAUCAAUUUAGUAAGGAAGUGAAUAGAUAAAAUCUUAGAUUCAGAAUAAAUCAGAAAAAUCUGAUGAGAUUAAUAUUUUAAUUUAAACAAAUAUUAAUUAUGGUGAGGGAAUAAAAAUUGUAAGAUUGUUUGAAAAUAGAGUUUAAGAAAUUGAUGAUAGAGAUGAUAUAAUUUCAGAAGAAGAUGAACAAUAAGGUAAAAGUGUUUUUUAGAGAUAAUAAGAUAUGGAUAAUGAAUUAGAUGGAUAAAUACAAGAUUUUAAUAAUAUUUUUAAAUCAAGAAAAAAUCUAUCUUUGAUAAUUAAUAAUCAAGUUACUCCUUUAGAAAUUAAAAAAUUAAAUUGGACAACUAAUAUAAUCAUACUGUCUUUAGUAGCAUUGAGUUUUUCUGAUUUUUUUAUUAGUUUAGUUCAGAAUAAUGAAGUUUAUUAAACAAUAUAAUUAAUUGAAUACACUAAUUUAAGAACAGCUGAAUUACAUUCUAUAUUAUCUUCAGUAUAAAAUUUGUAAAUGUUAAAUUUGAAUAUUUGGUAGAUGAACUCUACAGAAGAUAUUGAUGAAUUUGAAAGAAAUCAAAAAAAUAGACUUAAUAAUUCAAUAUAAAUAGUUUCUUAAUUGAAUAAAAACUUAAUGCUUUCAGAUAUAUUUAUUAGUGAUGAAUUAAAUGAAUUAUAAAGUCAAGAUGUAGUAAAGAUUAAAUUUGCAGAUCAAUAUGAAACUUAUGAUAUAAUGGAAGCUACAGAAUAAAUAGUUAGUAAAGCAUUGAAUAUAAGAGAUAAAGAAUUAUCUAAAAUUGUAUAUGAAGAUAAUGAUGUUUAGUUUAUAAUUUAUAAUCUCCUUAAUGAUUUAGUAUUAUAAUUGAGAAAUUCAAGUAAUUUAUAUGCUAAAGGUUUGUCAAAAAAGAUUAUGUAAGAAAAAGAGAAAUUUCAAAUAAUUUUAAGCAUUUCAGCAGGAACAUUAGGUUUGGGAUUAUUGGUAUUAAUAAUUAUAACACUUUAAAUAAACAAAAUUUAAGAGGAGAUUCUAACAUUGUUUUUAGAAAUUCCAGACAAAACAGUUAAAUAUUUAUACGAUAAAAGUGAAAAUUUGAUAUCAAAUCUUUAAAUAGGUGAAGAUGAUGAUAUUUUAUCUGAAUUAGAGGAUUUAGAGAAGGAGGAAUAAGUAGAAUUGAAUAGAACAUUAAAGAGUAAGAGAAAAAAGAAGAAAUUUAAAAAUACAAAUAAAGAGUAAAGAAAUUAUAUAUUUGGAUUCUUUUUUAUAAUGGUAAUUUUAUAAGGUUACUUUAUAUUUAAUUAUGUUAUGAGUGAUAUAUUAUUCAGUAAUAUAGAUUAAUUAGUAGUAGAGAUAAAUGCUACAUGUAGAGCUGAAGGUUUUUAUAGAUUUUCUGAUAAUGCAUAAAGAUCAUUAUAUAUCGAUAGAAAUAUAACAAUAGAGAAUUAAGAUGCAUAUUUGAUAGUUAAAUAGAAUGUAGAUAAAUUGUAUGAACUUGAUUCUUCAAUUCAUUAAUAACAUUCAUUGAAUAUUGACAUUACAAAUUCUAUAUAUGUAAAUGCAUUCAAAGAAAUGUUUAUGUUGUAACCAUGUACAAUUCUUUCAUCUUACUUGAAAGAGUUAUCUGAGACUGAUUGUAAAGAUUUUGCUGAUGGAGCUAUUAAUUAAGGAAUGGCAGUAGGUAUGGCAAGAUAUUUUGAAAAUUUAAGAUAUAUGAUGACAAUUUAUGAUUAAUUUUGGAAUAAUCCAUAAGCCAAUUUUAGUGGUAUUGCUAGAGGAUUUACAAAAUUUAAAAAUAUUACAUAGAAUUUAGAUAAUGUUAGAAAUAAUAUACUUAAUUUAAAUAAUUUCAAUUAGUCUAAAGAAGCUAGAAUAAUUUAGGAUGUUUAUAAUAGAGGUACUAAAAUAAUAUAAUUAAUUUAGGGACUUUUAGAUAUUUAUUAGAGUAAUUAUAAAAAUCAAUAAAUUAAGAUAUUGAAGAUGCAAAAACAUAAAGAUUGGCAAUAUUUAUAGUAUUUGAAGUUCUACUUUUCAUAAUUUAUUUUAUAUUUUGGUUAUCUCUAAUUUGGAAGAUGACUAAAGAUGUAUGGAGAACAAGAUCAAUGAUAAUGAUGAUUCCUUUAAGAGUAAUUUAAAAAAUUAGAUCAAUAAAACAAUUUGUAAAAGAUUUCUUACAUACUAGAGAAUUAGAGAGUUGA